AUGAGUGAAAGGAUUCAAAAAGUGUUUGAAGAUCCCUAUAAAUCCUCAAAAUGUGAAUCCUACCUACAGAGUGUAAAUAACCCUUCGAUAUCUCAGAUACAAUUUAACAAUUUAUCAUGUGUUCAUCGUCAUUAUCCAGUCAAUGAGAAUUCUUUAGUCGAACGGAGCCCUAGUUUUCAGCAUCAUUCUUACGCUACAUUUUAUCAAAACUACAAUGUUGCUGCAAACUUUCCGGCAAUACCCCAUGCAUCCAUUCGUAACGCGCAUCAAAGGUUCACUGGAUCUUCUUCUUUUCAAGGUCAAUCUACUACAUUUCAGAAUCCACAUUACAAUAAUUGUGUUUCCAAUACAACAAGUGAACAUUCAACUCCAUACUUUAGAAAUUCUAACAAAGUCUCACUGACGAGUAUGGAUUGCUUAUCUCAAACCAUAAACUGCACAAAGCGCCCACCUUAUGUUAAGACUUGUCCGUCACUUGUCAACUCUUCAUCGUACCUUCUUCAAACUAACAAUCCAUCUUUUUCUUCUUCUGUUUCAACCGUUCAUCCACAUUCUCAAAGAAGAAAUGUGCUACCCUUUUCUCCUAAUAAGCAUGGUUAUGUACAGUACCCAAUGACAUCGAAAGUGUUUCAUCCUACCAAAGGACCCAAACAAUUAUAUUGUGACAUUUGCGAUAAGGAUUUUUAUUCUAAAGAACGUUAUGAUACCCAUAUUGAAAAUGAUCAUUUUCCUUGCGGAUUUCCUGGCUGUAACUAUUCUGCUCCCUUAGCUGUUUUAAAUGUUCAUAAAUUGAAACAUAUUAAAGGAGAAAAUAAAAAUAAUAUAUUAGAUGAUCCCCUGGAAAUUAAGAAAUGGAUCGAUGCUCGUCAACGAAAUUUUCCUAAAAAAACGAAUGAAAAAAUUAAAGAUAACACUUCACCUUGUGCUAUUGAAAGAAUUUUACGUCAACAAUAUAUGCAAGAGAAAUCUUACGGUAAACAUUUACACACCAAGUGUGCUAUUGUUCCUGAGCUUUCUUCAUUAUUAAAGCGAACGAAACGGUGGCGGUAUCCAGAUCUUUUUAAAAAACUACCUACGCGUCCUUUUCAGAAUCGCCGUCAUCAGUCGUUUGAGUUUUCCUACAAGGAUUUGAUAACGGAUUUUCCUAUAUGUGAACAUUUUUUAAAAUUCAAAUGUUGUAAAUGGUCACCGUGUAAUUUUUCUCACGAUAUUGCGUCAUAUCGUCGGUGGAAAAUUCAAAGAAAUGCACGGGGCUUAGAUAUAGCUAUGCGUCCGCCCUUGUUAUAUCAACUCCUCUUGUCAGAAUUGAAAGAGUCGGAAUCUCUUAUUCUUUUGGCAUUGCUGUUUAUUGUGAAGAAUAAUUUUUUUAGAAAUGAAAACUCACAAAGUUGGAUCAAAUCGAAAUCCUCCUCUUUUUCAAAAAAUUCCUCAACUUUUUCAGAAAAUUCAUUCUCCUCUUCACAAAACUCAUCUGAUGUUUUAUCAGUCGAAUACAUAGAGGAUGGAGAUUUUUACGAAGAACUUUAAACUGAUUGCUUAAUUUGUACUUCGAAAACUUAAAUAUUUUUUUUUCUUUGUCAAAAAUAUUUUGUCAAGCAUAACACUAAAAAAAAUUAAACAUUUCGUUUUAGCUUUAUAUAUUAAAAAUAAGAAUUCAAUUAGAUUGA